AUGACCGAUACCCAAACGAACACAACAGUCGAGCCAGAUGCUCCAAAUUUCGUGCCAGAUUCUCAGUAUCUUCUUGAAAAUCCCCUAGGCACGACGCGUCACAUUCGAAUUAUCACCAUUGGAGCGGGUGCAAGCGGGCUCAACAUGAUCCGGGCUUUGCGGAAACACCUUGACAAUUACGAACACGUUGUGUAUGAAAAGAACCCGGACGUUGGCGGGACUUGGUACGAGAACCGAUACCCUGGUUGCAAAUGCGACGUUCCUUCUCACAAUUAUCAAUUCACCUGGCGCCACAACCCCGAAUGGUCGGGAUUCUAUGUCGGAGCUCCGGAGAUUCAGCAGUAUUUUCGAAAGCUGGCCGACGAGGAGAAGAUGUGGGAUAGUAUUCGACUGUCGCAUCAGGUUGUCAGAGCCGAGUGGAACGAAGAUGAGGGGAUGUGGUGCGUGAAUGUGAAGAACCUGCAGACGGAGGAGAUUUUCGAGGAUAAGUGCCACUUCCUGCUCGACGCAAGCGGUGUCUUAAAUAAAUGGAAGUGGCCCGAUAUUGAAGGUCUACACACGUUCAAAGGCGGUCUUGUGCACUCAGCCAACUGGCCGGAGGAGCUCAAUUAUGCCAACAAGAGGGUGGCAGUUAUCGGUAAUGGCUCCUCUGGUGUUCAGAUUGUGACCGAGAUACAGCCAGUUGUCAAACAGUUGGUGCACUCGCUCAGGUCUGCGAACUGGGUGGUCCCAUCAAUGCGAGAGACAAUAUUAGCACAAAUACAGGACGAAGACUUGUUAGAAAAGUUAGCUAUCAAGCAAAAUGAUUUUACUCCAGAGCAGAUCCACUUAUUCAAGGAGAACCCUGAGCUGUACCUGAGGUUGAUCAAAGCGGCAGAUCGAGUAUUCAAUGACAAAUACAAAGUGUUGAUCAGCAGCAGCAAGGAAGCCUCUGAGAUGAAGCAGAAAUUGAAAAUCUUUAUGGCUGAGCUGCUUGAAGGUGAUGAACACCUGAGUGAUGUCCUCAUACCAGACUUUCCAGUGGGAUGCAGGAGAUUGGUGCCUUCUUUGGGGUAUCUCGAGGCAUUACACAAGGAGAACGUCAAGGUCAUCACUGAAGGGAUAGCCAAGAUUGUUCCUGAAGGUCUUAUCACGACCAGCGGCGAAAUGAUUCCGGUAGAUAUCAUUGUCUGUGCAACAGGUUUUGAUACCUCCUUCCGCCCCAAGUACCCAGUGAUCGGGAGAUAUGACGACCUGCGUGAGCGAUGGGCAAAACAAGACGCUCAUGCGUACUUCUCGUUUGCCGUUCCAGGCAUGCCCAACUACUGGAUGUUCCUGGGUCCAAAUGCACCAGCGGGACAUGGUAGUAUUCUGAAUAUCACCGAGCACAUCGCGAAGCUCAUGGUCAAGAUCCUGCGCAAAUGCCAGACCCAAAAUAUAAAGGCCCUGGCUCCCAAAGAAGAGGUGGUCAAGGAGUACGUCGAGCACGUCGAUGCUUUUAUGCCGCGGACGGCAUGGGCAGGCAAUUGUCGGUCGUGGUUCAAGAACGGCAGGUCAUCGGGUUCGGUCACUGUUUUACAUCCAGGAAGCCGCAUUCACUUUUUCCAUACGCUGGACGAGUUUCGAGGAGAGGAUUUCGAUCUGACGCUGUGGACAAAGAAUCGGUUCCAGUACCUCGGGAACGGGUCUUCCACAAGAGAGUUGAACGGAAAUGAUCCAACAUAUUAUUGGGACUAUCCAGAUCAAUUACAUUAUGAAUAG